AUGCUUGGGGAGCUCCAAUUCUUUGAUGAUAGACGUUCAUUUCAUGAUAGGAGCCAGCCCACAAAAAGGGGAAUUCUGGAACUGGAUACUCAAAAUGCAAUUCUGGCUCAGAAUAAGCUUCUUUCUCAGCAAAUGGAGGAGUUAAAGAAACAGAUGUCCAAACUUCAAGUGGGAUCAUCUUCACGCCCUCAACAGGUUUUCACAACCAAUCAGAAAAAUACUGAAGCUUCUAUCAGAAAUCUGGAAGUGCAAAUAGGGCAGUUGGCUAAGCAAUUGGCAGAGCAGCAAAGCAAUAAUUUUUCAGCCAAGACACAGGUCAAUCCUAAAGAGUAUUGUCAGUCAAUCACAACUAGGAGAGGCAUUGUGAUAGGAAAGGGAAUUGGUGAUAAUUUGAAAGAAAAUAAAGAUGAAGUGGAUGAAGAAAAGAGUGAAGUUGAGUUGAAAAGUGAGAGAGAGGUGGAGAAAGACAAGGAACGACAGUUUGCAAGGUUCCUUGAUAUAAUCAAGAGGUUACAGAUCAACAUACCCUUUGCAGAGGCCUUGGAACAGAUGCCAUCUUAUGCAAGAUUUAUGAAGGAGCUUCUGACAAAGAAGAGAAAAUUGAGUGAAGAUGGAAUAGUGGAAUUAGAGGCAGGUUGCAGUGCUAUAAUUCAGAAAUCACUUCCACAAAAAUCUAGAGACCCAGGGAGUUUCACUUUGCCAAUCACCAUUGGUAAUCUUUCUGUGGGCAAGGCAUUACUGGAUUUAGGGUCUAGUAUCAACCUUAUGCCCUUAUCUAUGUUACAGAGGAUAGGUGAUGUGGAGGUGAAACCUACUAAGAUGACUCUGCAGCUGGCUGACAGAUCUAUAAAGUAUCCUCAUGGUAUUGUUGAAGAUCUCUUGGUUAAGGUUGAUAAAUUUUUCUUUCCAGUUGAUUUUGUUGUCAUGGACAUGGAAGAGGAUUCUGAGGUUCCUCUCAUUUUGGGUCGGCCAUUCAUGAAGACAGCUAAGGUCAUUAUAGAUGUUGAUGAUGGAAAACUCAAGGUCAGGGUGCACGGUGAUGAGAGUAAGGUGAAGUCCUACCACGACAAGAAAAUUGUGCAGAGAAAGUUCCAACCAGGCCAACAAGCAUUAUUGUUAAAUUCCAGGCUGAGAUUAUUCCCUGGAAAGUUCAAGUCCAAAUGGUCAGACCCCUUUGUGAUUAAAUCAGCUAUACCUCCUGGGGCAGUGGAGUUGGAAGAACCAAAUUCUAGAAGAUCUGGGAUGAUGAAUGGUCAGAGAAUUAUGCCACAUCUGGGUGGUGAGGUUGAGAAAAUUACCACUGUCAUUCAUCUGAAUGAUCCAUGA